CGCUGUGGCACUAGAAGAGAGGCGACGCGCAAUCCAGCUCGCAGCAACAAGGUCCAAAGGAGCGACACUUGAGUGCGCUUAUCUCUCCAAAAGGCCAUCUCCGUUCAACUUUUGCCUCAGCGAAUUGUUCUUGUUUGAAAAUGUUCAACCAAGAUGCUUUAUACUUAGAUCGGUCCUGCCUAAGCGAGCCCGCUUCCUUAUAGACUUACCAUAUUCUUUCUUUCCGUACUGAGCAACACCUAACCCGAACUGCAGCUGGUAAGAAUAUGUGCCAGAGUCGAUCGGCGAAGGACAUGGGUUGUCUUUGGUCCCCUAAGGAGACGCAGCGUGGAUUAAACACGAAUUAAUGUGGAAUUUAUCGGAGCCCAAAGGUGGAACGACGACCGGACACAGCGCUUCCUCGUCAGGGACUGACUGAUCAUGGUCGCCGUGGUCCGCUCUCUCAUGGUACUGCUGCUGGCUCAGGUGUUGCUGGAAGGUGCUACGGGACUUAUCCCUGAGGUCGGCCGGAGGAAAUACAGCGAGUCCGGGAAGCAGACCCCAGAGCAGUCAGAGAGCUUCCUCAACGAGUUUGAGCUUCGGCUUCUCGGUAUGUUUGGACUGAAGCGCAGGCCGACCCCGAGCAAGCAAGCCGUGGUGCCGCAGUACAUGAUGGACCUUUACGGCAUGCACUCAGCAAACGGAGACCACAGCACUAAACGACCCAAGAGCAUGGGGAAACACGCAGAGAAAGCCGCCAGCAAGGCCAACACGAUUAGAAGCUUUCAUCAUGAAGAGGCUAUGGAGGCCCUGGCCAGCCUGAAAGGCAAAACCACCCAGCAGUUCUACUUCAACCUCACUUCAAUCCCUGAUCAGGAGCUCAUCACUUCUGCAGAACUACGCAUUUACAGGGAUCAGGUCAUAGGAGCUGCAACUCCAAGCAACAACUCCAGAAACAGCAGCACUACAGACAGUGCUUCUGCUGGUGGCUUCCAUCGUAUCAAUAUUUAUGAGAUAUUCGGAGUUCCUGCCACAAAUGGUGGAGAACCUCUGGUACGUCUGCUGGACACUCGGCUAGUGCAGGACUCUUUAAGCCGCUGGGAGAGCUUUGACGUCAGCCCUGCUGUAUCUCAGUGGGCCUCUGGGAAAGGCCACAACCAUGGCUUCAUGGUGGAGGUGCUUCACCCAGAGGGAGGGGAGAUAGAUGGGGAGCAUGUCCAGAGACAUAGGAGGCAUGUCAGGAUGAGCCGGUCAUUGCACCAAGACCAGGGUUCAUGGCCUCAGGCUCGGCCCUUGCUGGUGACGUACGGCCAUGACGGCCGUGGGGACUCAGUACUCCACACACGAGAGAAACGUCAAGCAGCACUUCGCAAACAACGCAGGAAGCAGCAUAAGGCUAGCUGCAAGAGACAUGCCCUGUAUGUGGACUUCAGUGAUGUGGGGUGGAAUGAGUGGAUAGUGGCGCCCCCAGGCUACCACGCCUAUUACUGCCACGGGGAAUGUCCGUUCCCCCUAGCAGACCACCUCAAUUCUACCAAUCAUGCUAUUGUGCAGACGCUGGUCAACUCAGUCAACUCAAACAUCCCUAGAGCCUGUUGUGUACCCACUGAACUCAGCCCUAUCUCCCUGCUCUACCUGGAUGAAUAUGAGAAGGUCAUCUUGAAAAACUACCAGGACAUGGUGGUGGAGGGAUGUGGCUGCCGAUGAGAAAUUGACAGUGGACAGAAAGAAAGACUGAAAGACAUCAAAGGUUAUUAUGGACACCCGGUUUCCCAAUGAAGACGUUUAUUUAUAUGAAAGAAAGACAAACAGAGCUAUUGUGGAAGAAGAAAAAACUAUAUAUGAAUAUAUUUAUGUCUACAUA